AUGGACUAUGGUGAUUACGAAGAUCUGAUGCUCUCUUAUAUGAUCAAAGAUACACGUUGGCUUUGUCUCGGUCUCUUCAUGCUUAUCGGAUUCCUUGUAAUUGCUAGCCGCAGCUUCCUCAUUCCAUUGGUCUGCGCCGUUGGACUUCUCUGGUCUGCUGUAGUUAGUUACCGUAUCUACGCCCUCCUCGUGGAUGCAGAUCGUCUUCCUCUGAUCAACAUGCUGGGAUUCGUGCUGCUACUAGGUCUUGGUACCGACGAUACUCUUGUAUAUUGCCAGGUGAAUCUUUUGUUGAGGCAUACUCUAAUGGUUUGGACACGGUGA